AUGGCAGGUGGACGUAUGAAAUAUCGCCAUUUGGGCCGCAAAUCCUCCCACAGACAGGCUCUCCUCCGCAAUCUGGUUACCAGUUUAUUCACACACGAGUCCAUAUCCACGACAUACCCAAAGGCGAAGGAGGCCCAGCGGCUAGCGGAGAAACUCAUUACCCUGGGAAAGAAGAAUACUGAGGCUAGCAAACGGAGAGCUUUGAGCAUAUUUUUCACACCCCACGAGCUCCUGCCAAAGCUAUUCGGACCACUGCGAGAACGAUAUCAGAAUAGACCAGGCGGCUACACUCGUGUGCUUCGAAUCGAACCCCUAAAAGACGACCAGGCACCUUCCGCGAUCCUAGAGCUAGUUGAUGGACCGAGGGAUAUGCGGUUCGCCAUGACUGCGCGGACUAUAGCGAGGCAGAGGGCUGCAGGCGAAGAGAUGAACGAGAUGACAGAACGGAACAUGGAGAAGGUCACACGGUACAGGAAGAAGGGUGAGCAAGAGCUCGAGAACAUGAUCCAGAAGAUCGCAAAGUUGCACAUGAAUGAGAGGGAUGGCGCUCAGAGUAAGGACAGUAGAUGGGGUGGGAAGACAUAA